UUUAUAAUUGGUGUUGUAAAAUGAUUUAAUGAAUUUAAUAAUAAUUUAUUAUUAAUUGGUAGUUUAAGAUUAUUAUUUAUUUUAAUUCAAUGGUGACGUGAUGUAAUUCGUGAAAGAACUUUACAAGGUAAUCAUACUUUAAAGGUUUUAAAAAGAAUUCAAAUUGGUAUAAUUUUGUUUAUUUUAUCUGAAGUUAUAUUUUUUACAUCUUUUUUUUGGAGAUAUUUUCAUAUAUUUUUAUCUCCUAGUAUUGAAUUAGGUAAUAAUUGACCUCCUAAAGAAAUUUUAGUUUUUAAUCCUUAUAAUAUUCCUUUAUUAAAUACUUUAAUUUUAUUAAGGUCUGGGGCAAGAAUUACUUGAUGUCAUAAUUUAAUUUAUCAAGGGUUUGAUUGAAAAGGGUGUCAAGAAUCAAUUAAUUUGACUAUUUUAUUAGGGGGGUUAUUUAUUAUAUUUCAAUAUAAAGAAUAUUCUGAAUCAUUUUUUUCUAUUUCUGAUUCAAUCUAUGGUUCUGUUUUUUUUAUAAUAACUGGUUUUCAUGGGUUACAUGUAAUUAUUGGUGUUUUAUUUAUUAUUAUUUCUAUAAAUCGAUUAUUAAAUUUUCAUUAUUCAAAUUUUCAUCAUUUUGGGUUUGAGGCGGCUUCUUGAUAUUGACAUUUUGUAGAUUUAGUAUGAUUAUUUUUAUAUUUAUUUAUUUAUUGAUUAUCAUUUUAAUA